CGCUUUUUUUACUCGUGCUCUCAUAUUGUGUAAUUUAGUGUAAGGGUUGAAUGUUAUUUGUGUAGUAGAAGCAGAACGAGAACGAGUGAAUGGAGUGAAGUGACGUGAUAGCAAUGCAGAGAGUUUCAUCAGUUGGACACGAAUCCAAUCACGCUGGACUCAUGAUAGAAAAUGUAGACCCUUUAACACAAGGAUUUAGUGGUGACAGUGAAGAAGACUCAAGGGAAGAAGAUGCGGGUAGCCCUGGUGGCGAAAAACGAACGGCUGAGGCAGCUGGACUUCCUGGCCGUUCUGAAAAUGAAGGCGGAAACGCGUCGGACAAGUCAAAGAAAACAACUCCACCAAAUGGGAAGAAAACGAAGGGUCGUGUAAAGAUAAAAAUGGAAUUUAUCGAUAACAAAUUGCGACGAUAUACAACUUUCAGCAAAAGAAAAACUGGAAUUAUGAAAAAGGCUUACGAGCUGUCAACACUGACAGGUACCCAAGUAAUGCUGCUGGUAGCUAGUGAAACUGGACAUGUUUAUACAUUUGCUACUAGAAAAUUACAACCUAUGAUCACUAGUGAGGCUGGAAAAGCAUUAAUUCAAACUUGUCUAAACUCUCCUGAUCCCCCGGCUGGACCAGGUGGCUCGGGGCCUGACCAGCGGAUGAGUGCUACUGGUUUCGAAGAAACUGAACUUGUCUACAGUGUGAAUGAGGAUACAGAAAACAAAAUGUCCUACCACCAGCCCCAAAUGUACGCCCAGGUUCCCGAAUACAACAUGCAGAAACUACCCCCUUUCUAUACAAUUUAGUGUGGACCUCGUUCGACUGACAACUUUUGACAUCCAGACCAGCGAGACGCAGCAACAACGACCAGUUCAGCACCGGACCUGAUGCACGUGUAGCGCCGGGCGCCGCGGUUCUCAGGCACACCGCCGAAAACCUUCGCUUCUCUGUCUUUGUCCUUGAGAUUUUGUCAAUGGUUUUCUCUCGCGGGGUUUAGACGUCUUUCCAUAUAUGGCCAGGAAGGGUGUAUCCAUUUCCUUUUAUAGUAGUCUUCGUUCCCUUAUUAGUCAUAGCCGGCCUUGCUGGAGGGCGCCAUGUGAAAGGCCAAGUGCCCUAAAAUGGAAACCGGCUUUUUUCUGUGGUAUCGGUGGAUCCGGCGGGACCAGAUUCUCCUUACUAGGAAGUCGGCUGGACCGUACUUAAUCACAUGAUCUCUGCAGCUACAAGUUAUCAACGAUUGGUGGAUUAGAACACACAGAUCAGACUUUUUAUUGUUGUUGUUGGUUGAUAAAUGUUGUGCCGCACAUGGAAAAUGUCGAAGCUGGGUUUUGACAUAGCACAUUCCAUGACAACGAAUUUAUGGAUCAUGUUCAUUUACGUUCAGUAAUAAAUUUUCUUUUUUAAUUUUUUCUUACUAUUUAGAUUUAUUUUUCGAAUGCUUAGGAGAAAAAAAAAAGUGUGGUUUGAGUUGGUUAAUACCUGUCUUAGACAAGGGCGGCGGGUGGGUUUUAUUUUCUCUUACUUUAUUGGUUUGGAAUUAGCCUAUGUGGCUUGUAUGCUUUGUUAGUUCUCGUUUAUAACAAAACAAAUUUUAUAUUAAUAAAUGUUAGUAUAUUUUUGUUUACAAAUUUCGUGAACUUUAAUAUUUAACUGAUUGUUUCUACAAGUGCCAUUGAUUUUUUUGUUGUCGUUACCAGCUCGCCAAUAUCUAGAACAAUAUAGUUUUCUAGGAAAAGUUUAACUUGAGAGAAUUGGCAUAAUGAAAUAUUUUUUUUAUUAGAGUUAUAUAUGUAACAUGUAAUAUUCAUACUUAUAAGUGUUAUUCUUAAGAGUAAGGAUUUGCUUUUUUUAAUAUAAGAAAUUCUUAUCAUUAUAUUUAGAUUAUAUUUUACUUAUUCGGUAGAUUUAUCUAAAUGAUAACGGAUAUUAGAAGUCGUGCAAAGUAGGUCAUUGAAGUAAUUAAUUUAGUUGUUUCUCUUGUUCACCUAAAUUCAUUUAGAUUUUUGACCUCUUACAGUUACAUUACUUAUAAAAUAACCUGCAGUGUUUUAAAGGUAACAGUCGACUUAGUGCUAUGUGUAUUUGUAACCAGGUGAAAUGAUAAUAAGCAUUCCAACCUGACUUGUUUCAGUCAAAAAUUGAUGCCAUUGUAGUAGACUCUAGGGAUACAUAUUUCACUUUCUUUUGAUCUUAUAUGUCCUUUUUUUUUUAUAAAGAACAAAGUGAAAACUUUUUAUUUGUGUGUAACAGAGUUCAAAGUUGCAAUUAGGGAACCUUGUUGGUAUAUGAGUUUUGAGACUAAAAUUAUUAAGCCAUAUUUUUGUACCAAACGUGUACUGAAAUGUUCAGAAUAUAUUUACCUAAACUGGCUGGUUUCCAGUUUCAAUUUUGGAAGUUUGAGAGCAAUGUCAUAAGGAAAGAGUUAUUGUUGGAAAGGUUACAUUUCUGUAAAACUAAGAAUAUUUUAUACAAUAAAUAAAUAGUUUGA